UUUUGUAAAAAAUAAAAUUAUUCUUUGUUCGACUGCGAACUCGGUGCUUCUAGUUACAAGUAACAAAGGUACUCUGUGGUCGGCAAACCUAAAAUAAUUCUUUUUGUAGUUUGACAGUUCAACAAGCACAUUUUUGGAGAGCUGAAUAAUGCAGAUCUUCGUUAAAACCCUUACGGGGAAGACCAUCACCCUCGAGGUGGAGGCUUCCGACACAAUAGAGAAUGUGAAGGCUAAAAUCCAAGACAAGGAGGGUAUUCCACCUGACCAGCAGAGAUUAAUAUUCGCCGGUAAACAACUGGAAGAUGGUCGUACACUGUCAGACUACAACAUUCAAAAGGAGUCUACACUUCAUCUGGUGUUGAGGCUGAGAGGAGGUACUAUUGAACCAUCUCUGCGUAUCUUGGCUAUGAAGUACAACUGUGACAAGAUGAUUUGUCGUAAAUGCUAUGCCCGUCUUCACCCUCGUGCUACGAACUGCAGAAAGAAGAAAUGUGGACACACUAACAACCUCCGCCCCAAAAAGAAGAUCAAGGAUUAAUUUUGUUUUUUUUUCCUUUUUCAUUGUAACUGCUAAAUUAAAAGUAAAAUAAAAA